AAUCCUUCUAACUGUACGGGCCGCGCUGUUAAGCCCCACGGUUCUAUGGAGAGCGCUUGUAAAAAGGCUGGCCGUAAUCACUUGAGGCCACGCCAUUUAACGCAACUAGCUUCGACAUAACGUGGCACUCAUCAUAGAAGAGCCCCGUAACGUGUAACUUUGCUGUAUCGCUGCUGAGCAAACUGCCUUGACUGCGUUACUUCAACGUAUUAUAUCGUAGCGGUAGAAAAAGUAGCAGACCCCGUUAGCGGCACAGGCCUCCAGGCAACUGACGCAUCAAGGAGAGCUUCGAGGGUGCAACGUUCGUAAGCAUCAUCUAUCGCGUUGCUUCAUACCAGAAGGCAGGAGAACUUUACAAGGCGUCGGAAACCAGACUUCACUUCAUCGAAUGCUUUCCGGCUCCCUCUCAGCGGGCUGGAGACUAAGCGGCACAGAGUAUCGUAUGCAUAACACGUCGCUUGGAGUCCAGGUGGUCGGGGGCGUUUUACAGGCGCAGACUCUCUCGAGCGAGACGUUACAUUCAAUGUAUGAUCCGUCAACCGACCGCUCGAGAGGUGUGGCAUCCGAAACUGGCAGCCUGCAUCAGCAGUCCAGCAUGUUGAAGAAUGCUUCAGAUCCCAGCUUGCGGUCAACUGCCAGCAGCUUUGCCGACCUCGAAUCAGCCGGGUAUGCCAGGUCUGGGUAUCAGCGCCAAGAGGAGCAAGAUAUUUUUAGCGCUGUCGGUGGCAUGGAGCUCGGGAUGGACGCUGAACUGGAGGCUAUGGGCGCUGACGCGGCUUCGACCAGCGGCUACGAGCCCCACUCUGAGCCCUCCCGCACGCUCUUUGCCCGGCACAUCAACCCAGCGGCCUCGGAUGAAGAGCUGUUGGCUAUGUUCAAGGUGUUUGGCGACGUCCGCCACGUCUACACCGUCAGCAAGCACCGCGGCUUCGUCAUGGUCACCUACUACGACUUGCGAGCGGCUGCGCGGGCGCAGGCCGCCCUCAACGGCAUCCCCCUUACCGGCGUCCCGCUAGAUGUCCACUUCUGUGCACCGAAAGGCGACCAGACCGCCAACCAGGGCACUGUCACGGUCUUCAAUCUGGAUCCCGACACCUCCAACGACCACCUCGUCUGGCUGUUCUCCAAGUUUGGCGACGUCAAGGACAUCCGCGAGUCGCCCGACCGCAGCAACCAGAAGUUCAUCACCUUUUACGACACCCGUCACGCGCUGGCCGCCCUGCGCGCCAUGAACAAGGCCGAGCACCUGGGCAAGCUGCCCUCCAACAUGCCGCCUCCCACCGCGUCCGCGCUGUCUUCGCAGGAGGCGCUGGCAGGCAUGGAGGGAGCCAUCCAGCGCGGCCACUUGGCUGCUGGCCACCACGGUGGCAGCGGCGGAGCCGUCGGCGGCGCGUGGGAUUCCCAGCAGUCGGUGGAGGCGUUGUUGCAGCAGGCGCAUCUGAGCGCCAAGGGGGGCAACAGCACGUCGCGCGCCUCCUCGCAGGCCGGCACCACCUCACCCAGCCCCCUGCCGGGCACCUCACCUGCCGGGGCGCACUUCAUGGUGCGAGCGCGCGCGGGGCACCAGGAGGCGCAGGUACCGCCCGGCCUCUCCGUCAAGUUCCAGCAUCAUCCCCAAGGCUCCAUGAGCGCUUCCCAGCACCAGCACCCCCACCCUGUCGACCCCAUGGCAGCCUCAGCCGGCCUUCGCACCGGGGGCAUGCACGUCUCCGACUCCGCCUCCAGCAUGUCAGGCGUGGCGGGCCAGGCAGCCAACCAGCUGCUAGCAGCCGCCGCGGCGGCUGCUGCCGGGCGCAGUCCGCUGGGCGGCGGCGGCAUGAUGGGCCCGCAUGGCGCGGCGGCUGCGGCUCAUCUGCACAAGGCGGUUCCCUCCCUGGCGACGCUGUCGGAGGCAGCGCAGACGCUGGAGGGUCCCGCGGGGCUGUAUGCGGCUGCUGCCGCUGCCGCUGCGGCGGGUUCGAUGAUGGGGGGAGCGCAGGGAGGUGGUGCGGGUGGUGUGGAGCACCGGAUGGGUGGCAGCACUGCGGACGUCAACGCCGCGGCCAACAUGCUGAUGGGCCUGCAGCUCAGUGCGGCGGCUUCCGGCGGUCAGGCCGCCACACCCGAGCAGCAGCUCUGGGCGCUGCAGCAGAUAUCUGCCAGCACCGGUCAGUCAGCAGCGGCAGCGCCUGGACAGGCGGGCAUGUGGGCCGCUGCAGCAGCAGCGGGAUCCCUGUACGGCCAGGCUGCCACGCAAGCCGCCAUGCCUAACGCGGCAGCUGCCGCUGCGGCCGCCAGCGCUAACCUGCAGGCGCUGCGGCUGCAGCAGGAGCUGCAGGCCCGCCAGGCGCAGCAGCAGCUGGCCGUGGCUGCCAACCUGGCAUCUCUGCAGGGACAAACGCUGUCUGCAGCGGAGCUCAACGCCGCUGCGGCGCAGCUGCUGCACAUUGCGGGUCUCGGCCACGCGCUGGGCCCCGCUCCCACCGCCUCCAACGCGGCGGCGGCAGCAGCGGCUUACCUGCCGCCGGCUGCUGCUGCCGGGCUGGGUGUGCCUGCAGGCAACGCAGGUGGCUUGGGAAACCUCGGCGGCGCUGCUGCUGCGCAGCAGCUGCUGCAGCAUGCCAUGGCCAUGGGCAAUGUCAACGCGCUGGGCGCCCUGGGCUCCAUGCAGGCGGCUGCGUUGGGCGUGCAGGCGGGGGCGCAUGGUGCGGGUCGGCUGGGCGGCUCAUAUGGGUCGCUGGCGGGGGCGCUGUCCGGUGCUCAGGGCGGGCACCACCAUGGAGCCGGCGGCAGUCGCGAUGCAGCUGGCGGCGCGGGUAGCCGCGGCGGCGGCCGAUUGAGUCGCCGUACGACUGACCCGGCGGCGGAGCUGGAGCGGAAGAUGCAGCAGGAGAAGCUGUAUGCACUGGAUGCCGUGAAGAUUCGUGCCGGCGAGGACAAGCGUACGACGCUGAUGAUCAAGAACAUUCCCAACAAGUACACCCAGAAGAUGCUGCUGGCCACCAUUGACGAGCAAUUCAAGGGCGCGUACGACUUCUUCUACCUGCCCAUCGAUUUCAAGAACAAGUGCAACGUGGGUUAUGCGUUCAUCAACAUGAUCAAUCCCCUUGACAUCAUUCCCCUCGUCGAGCGCUUCAACAACCGGCGCUGGGAGCGGUUCAACAGCGAGAAAGUCUGCAGCAUCAGCUACGCGCGCAUCCAAGGCCGUGCUGCUCUUGUCGCGCAUUUCCAGAACUCCAGUCUCAUGCACGAGGACAAGCGCUGCCGACCCAUUCUCUUCACCGCGAACGGCGCCGAAACCACCGACCCGGAAGCCUUUCAGAACGACUCGCUGCAACAGUCCAUGCAACCCUCGGCUGCGGGCUCGACCGCUUCGGCGGCUAUGGCGACGACGGGUAACCCAAUCGCUGGUCUGCAGUCGUCCGCUACGGCAGUCCCGGCAGCUGCUGGUGCGCACAUGAGCGGUCCUGCUCGGCUGCGGGCGGCUGCUGCUGCCGCGGCGGCAGCUAGCGGCUCCGUAGGCCAACUGCCGCAGUAGGAUCUGCUCUGUGCUGUUGCUUGGCUGGGGGAGGGCUUGGCUACUUUUGCCACGCAUCCGAGGCAUGUGGGGCCGCGAGUCCUGGCAGAGGCGGUGCUGGGGCGCAGUGUCAUUGGGGGGGGCUGAAAUGGUGGGUUUGUAUUGCAUAAUGGCUGACGUUUGGCGGCGGGGGUGUUGUUGGGCGGAUGUGUUUGCAUGUAGCUGCUGCCGUUUGGAUGUCAGCGUAUUGCGAGUAGAGUAGUUGACAAGACCGCCUCCUUGCAUGUAUACCUCCUGUGGAGCUUGUGAGGAGCUUUCUUCCAUGCAUCGUUGUUGGCGUUUCUGUUGUAUUUGCUGCUGUGUCGAUGCUGCCAAGGGCUUGUUUGACCGAGGCAGUUUGGAUUUAUGUUUGAAGCGUACGGUUCUGUUUUGACCUGUCGACAUUCUUGUGGUGGUUAAUUGAUGAUGCUGAUGAACAACCAACAACAACGCGCGCCGGGCAAGCUGUUUGUUUGUUGGCGUGUCGUUUUGGCACACUUUUGGCUGUGUGUUGUUAGGGCGUCCGCCGUCUUCUCCUUCUCGUCAAAAGUAUUGAGGCCAUGCUUCUGAUGGGGCCUUUUCCGUUCCACACGGCGUCCUUAGGGCGCGCCUUGUACUAUACCUUGCCCUUCGGCGUGCGGUUGCCGGUCGCGCUGCAAGCGUUUGUAGUGUGGGGUAUUGUACUUUUGGCCGGCAUGUGGGCCAUUGUUUGUUGCUGCUAGCAUGCGGUAUGUGGCACGCUCGGGGCAACCCUUUAAGGCUCGGGGCGUGCGGUCGGCGGUUUCCCUGGUUUGGGAGGCGAUGCCUGGGAUGCAGCUUGGCAUUUUUGAUCGUGGAAGAGACAGCGCGCAAAACGAGUUUUGGACUGGAUUGGGACUGUGGACUGAUAGUUGCGCACAACGCGUCGUAAUGCAGCACGUGUGUGCUUUUGUGUUCGCUUGGCUUGCAGCUGUCGCUAGGCUGCUUGCAUGCCCGUGUGUUUGGCACGUUUGGCUGUACUACUGCGGAAUGGAGCGGGCGGCGGCUGUGUCGAAUUUUUCCAGGUGGUGGUUCCAUUCGAUGUCCUUGCCCCCCUGUUAUCCUCAAAUCACAACGCCGCCGUUAAGAGCAACAGAGGACACUUAAUUUUGUUCGCGUUUAGCAUUUGCCUAGGCAUCUGUGAAUCGUGGCAGAGAACGUGCGUUGUCCACCUAGGCGGGUUUUCUUUUGUUGGAUCGUGUGGCUUGCUUGCUUUGUGUGCGUAGGAGAGGUGAGUGGGUGGGUGACGACCUUUUUGAAAGUUGAAUUAGCAGUGCUUGAGUUGCGCAAGCUUAUGCUGACUAGUCGUGUAUGCCGUCCUAAUGCGUUGGUGUGUGGUAAACCUCGGCGUAAAGUAAGAACGACUGAUUUGAAUCUUGUGUGUCUGCAACAGCCGAGGACGUACUGGGUGGUGGAAGGGCCCAUGCACGCUCCUCUCUACGGUCGAGCUGUUUUGUCGACAUGAAACAGAAGGUUUUGGAAGUGAAAUGUGCAGUAGCGGUGGGCAGUAGAGGUGCACAGAAGAAGAACAUGAAAAGUUCCGAGUCAUGAGGACCCAGCGUCAGUGUCCCUGCUGCUUUUCAAAUUUUGGAGGAUCGAAAGGGUCGCAUGCUCUGUGGUUGGCUGCUUAGGUAUCCGCAUGUGCGGUAAGGCUACAACACGACCCGUGGGUCGUUUUGUCCCAGGCACGGCCCUCUUGCGCACCGGUGCAUUACAUCGCACGUGCGUGCGCAGGGUUUCCUUUCUGUUAUUUGGUUUGGCGAGGAGAGACUUGAAUUGUCACUUCCCAAGGGGUUCGCGCGUUGUGUUUGCUGCGUGCUUGUGAAUCGGCUUGCAAUUCCCGUUUUUCCACUGGUUCCUGAAAUACUUGGGGCGCAAAGGUGGAGGUUGCACGGCUGUCCAUUGCGCAUGGCUCGACGAGAAAAAGAGAUCUGUUUGCUGAGCCCGCCUUGUAUCCAUGUGGCCGUGUGCCUUCUUGGCUGUGUCGCCAUCACCACAUCGUACUAUUGAGAUUCUUCACAAGACAACCUUUUUACCUGGUACCUGUGUUUGGCAAUGCGGCGCGAGGUCUGGAUUUGAAAAAUGGUUGGAGAGAACGGUCGAUCUGAUGGGAGGUGCUUCUGCAUCGCCCGCGGUAUUGUCCACUGAGGCUCAUGUACGGGAGGGUGCUUGAGGUGGCUUGGUUUUAUGUUCGCAACGCCGUUGUUGCAUGUAGCGUGGAACCUUGAUAGGGCCUUGCGGCUGCAUCCUUGGUAGGUUGACCCCAUGCGCGAGCACGUUUUCUUGAAUAGUGCAUUGUUGAGAAGCGACUCGGGUGCUCGGCCCUGGUGUGAAGGUAACGAACAGCAUGUGUGGGUUGGCUGACGGUGGGAAGACAGAAUGCACUCUCAUAAAGGUGUGCUGCUGCCAAUGUGGCUGACCCUCGUGCAUGCGUUGGUGCCAUUUUGCGGUACACGGGUCAUGAUACCUGCAUUCUGCCUCCGUUGUUGUGCGCCGGUCAAUAGCAUUGCAAAUCAGGCGGACAAUGUCAGCGUGCACAUCUGACAAAGACGUGACGAGAUGGCGUGUCCCACGGUUCAGCCACCCCUGGCUAUGCGCACCAUUUUCUUUGGAGGGCGCCCGUGCCAUGUUUGUUAUGUACGCUUCAAUAAGCGUGUUAUGCAAGAUGCAGUGCUGUGUUUGGCCUUGAUAAACAUCGCGGGCUUUGUCGGUACGGUUUUAUCUUAGCGCUUUUGGCCGUGUGUGGGACCUUAGGAGGGCGCCUAAGCAACGUUGCUUGAAAGUUUUGCCACUAGUAACUGUUGGGUUCACGUAACUCGUUCCAUCGUGUUGUUUGUUUUUUCGUACGCGUAAUUUUUUUGCGGCAGUUCAGCGAAACCUAAUUUUGCUCUUCUUUAGGGUGUAUUGUACAUAUAGCGUCGGUGGGGUUGUUGUGGGCUGUAAGUGGGUAUGUGUUUGAUGGCUGUGGGCGGCGGAGGGGGUCUAUUGUUGCCUCUGCAUGCCAGGGGUUCUUUGGGUGGCACAGGUGUCACAUGCAGGUUUCACACGGCCUGCUUCUGUUGCUGUAUGAUCACGUCAAUGUAAGACAUGUUCACUACCGGUCCCCUACUCCACAUGCCGUCGUACGAUUGCAAAUCCUGGGAGUAUUAUGGUUGGUCUUCCAGCGUAAUCCUCGCUUCUUAUCUUGGAAGUCAAUAUAAACAAUCCAGCUUGACAUCGAGUCAGGCCUCGAUUUAGCUGAAGAGGGCCACGGGUUUGAAGUUAGCAGCGGAAAGGGGGUUGACGGGUGCGUGUGCCUGCAACAUUUUAAACCUUCUAUUGCUGGGCAAAGGACAAUGUUGAUAUGCCAAGCGGACCCGGUUACAUGCAACAUCUGGCGUACGGGGAACUACUGCGGGGAAGCUCCAACGCCUUGCAAAGGCGCACCCAUGAGCUACCCAGGGCAUACCGGUAGGCUUGUUGGGUGGCGGAAAGGGGCCGACCAAACCCGCAUGCCAAGGCCGCCAAUGUAUCCCAGUAUGAACCGCGGUGAAUGCGUAUCAUAUGAGUCGGAUGCAUCAUGGCGCAUCCGUGGCGAGGGAGCCAGUAGUACCGAUGCGCAUGAUUCUGACAUGCAAGGUGGGGAUAAAAGAUAAAUGCAGCAACGGAGUCGGAGUCGGGGG